ACCACAACUCCCAUGAGUGGAGCAGAACCGUCAGAGCAGCCUGAGACGUUCAUGUGUGCAGUUCAGCAGAUGAUUUAACUCUGUACCUGUUAACAGAGCCGUGUUAGUGACAGAUAUGACGGAGGGGACGCACCUGCGGAGGCGAGGAGGGCCGUACAGGACAGAGCCAGCCACAGACCUGAGCCGCUGGAGGCUGUCUAACGUGGAGGGCAGGCAGACCUGGCGCUAUGUGGAGGAUCAGGGGGCACCGGACAGAGAGCAGACGAUGCUGGAGGCACAUUGUCUGGGCCUGGACACGAGCCAGUUUGUGUCUGGCUCCCCGGCGGCCCACACAGCUGAAGAUGCAGCUCUGAAGGGAAUGGACUUCUACAGACACCUCCAGGCUGAGGACGGUCACUGGGCCGGGGACUAUGGAGGACCUCUCUUCCUCCUCCCAGGUCUCCUGAUCACGUGCCACAUAGCAAAGAUCACUCUGCCUGAGGCUUGGAAGAAAGAGAUGGUGAGAUACCUGCGCUCCGUUCAGCUUCCAGAUGGAGGCUGGGGUCUACAUAUUGAGGAUAAGUCAACAGUCUUCGGCACAGCGCUGAGUUACACCUCUUUGAGGAUCCUGGGAGUCGAGCCUGAUGAUCCAGAUCUGACCCGGGCCAGGAACAACCUGCACAGCAAAGGCGGUGCCGUGGGGAUUCCCUCCUGGGGUAAAUUCUGGUUGGCCAUUUUGAACGUCUACAGCUGGGAGGGGAUGAACACACUACUACCGGAGAUGUGGCUGUUCCCCACGUGGAUGCCAGCUCACCCCUCCACCCUGUGGUGUCACUGUCGUCAGGUCUACCUCCCCAUGAGCUACUGUUACGCUGUCAGACUGGCUGCAGAUGAAGACGACCUGGUCCUCAGCCUUAGACAGGAGCUUUACGUCCAGGACUAUUCAACCAUCAACUGGCCCGCUCAGAGGAGCAAUGUGGCAGCAUGUGAUCUGUACACACCUCACAGCACUCUGCUCACAGUCGCCUACAUGGUGUUAAAUGUUUAUGAAGCUCAUCACAGCACAACAAUGAGAGAGUGGGCAGUCAAAGAGCUGUAUGAACACAUCCAGGCUGACGACCGCUUCACUAAAUGUAUCAGCAUUGGACCGAUCUCUAAGACUAUCAAUAUGCUGGUUCGCUGGUACGUGGACGGUCCAACCUCCUCAGUCUUUCAGGAUCACGUGUCCAGGAUCCCAGACUACCUCUGGUUGGGAUUAGAUGGCAUGAAGAUGCAGGGUACCAACGGAUCUCAGCUGUGGGAUACCUGCUUUGCUGUUCAGGCUUUCCUUGAGGCAGGAGCCCAGGAUAACCCCGGACUAGUUGAGUGCCUCCACAAUGCCCAUGACUUCCUUAGAGUAACACAGAUACCAGAGAAUCCUCCUGAGUAUGAGAAGUACUACAGACAGAUGAACAAGGGAGGAUUCCCCUUCAGCACACGUGACUGUGGCUGGAUCGUGGCUGACUGCACAGCAGAGGGCCUGAAGUCAGUGAUGCUGCUGCAGGAGCUCUGUCCCUCCAUCAGCCGGCACGUCACCCCAGAUCGGUUAUUUGAUGCGGUCAACGUGCUGCUGAGCAUGAGAAACCCUGACGGUGGAUUUGCCACAUAUGAAACUAAGAGAGGAGGGAAACUCCUGGAGCUGCUCAACCCCUCUGAGGUGUUUGGUGACAUCAUGAUAGAUUAUACAUACGUGGAGUGUACUUCAGCAACAAUGCAGGCCCUGAGGCACUUCCAGAAAGUGUACCCUGAACACAGACCGGAGGAGAUAAGCUCCACUUUGAGAAAGGGUCUGGAGUACUGCAGGAAGGUGCAGAGGCCUGAUGGAUCCUGGGAAGGGUCCUGGGGAGUGUGCUUCACUUAUGGAAUCUGGUUUGGCCUCGAAGCUUUUGCUUGUAUGGGACUCGUCUACGAGGAUGAGGAUGUGUGUGUAGAGGUUCAGAAAGCCUGUCAGUUCCUGUUGGACCGGCAGAUGCCAGAUGGGGGCUGGGGGGAGGACUUUGAGUCGUGUGAGCAGCGUUGCUACAUCCAGAGCAGCACGGCCCAGAUCCACAACACCUGCUGGGCUCUGUUAGGCCUCAUGGCGGCCAGGCAUCCAGACCGGCGAGCCAUCGAGCAAGGAGUACAGCUGCUGGUUGAUAAGCAGCUUCCCAACGGAGACUGGCCACAGGAGAAUAUUGCAGGCGUGUUCAACAAGAGCUGUGCUAUCAGCUACACCUCCUACAGAAACGUCUUCCCAGUCUGGACGCUCGGCCGCUUCUCAAACCUGUACCCGAGCAGUCCACUGGCCGGGAAGGUGAAGCUCUGAAGACCAUUUUUAAGAGCUCAUUGUUCAUCUGAUCUGCAGAGAUGAAGAUAAAAAACAUGAACAGAUUUCUAUGUUUACAUUCUAGCAUCCACCAGAGCGACUCCCUCCAAAUCUGUAGUGAUAAUCUGCUGUGAUCUGACACACCCAGUUUAUGUGCUGUUUUAAGAAGCAUAGAAAAGCAUUCAUGUCCAUGCUGCCUUAGUGUCACGCCCCUUCUGUACUAUAUCCACUCAGAAUAAAUAAUUUUUAUAUCAUUUCAUCA